CCACUCCCUCACGUACCCUAUUACUUACUCCAUUGAUACAACUCAAUAUAGUGCUCUCUCUCUCUUUCUAUAUCGUUGAUAAGGCUCGAGGACUCUGAAACAAUGGGCUAUAACAGGCUUGGGCAGCCCGACAAGCUGGGUGGAUCACCCGAACAUCGCCUCAACCCACCGGAAUACGCAGUGGCGGCCCCUCCACCUAGCACCCAAAAGAAGAAGGUGAUCCUCCUAACACUGUUUUCAAUCGCUCUAAUCGUGGCAUCCGGGGUCUCCGCUGCUCUCCUGGUCCGGCUACGGAGCAGGGCUUCUGGGAAACCCGAAUCUGCGAUCCUUCGCAAGCCGACCCUGGCUAUCUCCCGGACCUGUAGCAGGACUCGUUACCCGGACCUCUGCGUCGGCUCGCUGCUCGACUUCCCAGGCUCUGUCAACGCGUCGGAGCGCGACCUCGUCCACAUUUCGUUCAACAUGACGCUGCAGCACAUGAGCAAGGCACUCUACAUCUCCUACGGGUUCUCCUACCUCCAGAUGGAGCCACGCGUAAGGUCCGCCUACGAAGACUGCCUCGAGCUCCUGGACGACUCCGUUGACGCUCUGUCUCGGUCCCUCGUCUCAGUCGCACCCUCCGGUGCCCCCACCGCCUCCACACACGACGUGAUGACGUGGUUGAGCGCGGCACUGACGAACCAGGAAACGUGCUUGGAGGGGUUCGCGGAGCUGAGAGGGUCGGUCAAGGAUCAGCUGGCGGCCAGGUUGAAGGACUUGUCGGAGCUGGUGAGCAACUGCCUGGCUAUAUUCGCGGGGACAGACUCGGACGACUUCUCGGGUGUUCCAGUUCAGAACCGGCGUAGGUUAAUGGAAACAGAGAUACCGGUGGAUAAUGCUGAUGGUUUGCCGCGAUGGUUGAGUCCCAGGGAGAGGGAGUUGUUAGAUUUACCGAUAUCAGCGGUACACGCCGAUAUAGUGGUGUCCAAGGACGGGAAUGGAACUUGUAAGACCAUCGCGGAGGCGAUUAAGAAAGCGCCUGAGAAUAGUUCUCGGCGGACGAUUAUUUAUGUGAGGGCAGGAAGGUACGAAGAGGAUAACUUGAAGGUGGGAAGGAAGAAGCAGAACUUGAUGUUUAUAGGGGAUGGGAAGGGCAUAACCGUCAUCUCGGGUAGCAAAAGUAUAUACAAUAACUUGACGACAUUCCACACCGCAUCCUUCGCGGCAACCGGAGCCGGUUUCAUAGCACGGGACAUGACCUUUGAGAAUUCGGCAGGGCCAGGCAGGCACCAAGCAGUGGCACUCCGCGUUGGUGCGGACCACAGCGUGGUCUAUCGGUGUAACAUCAUUGGGUACCAAGACACGCUGUACGUCCACUCCAAUCGCCAGUUCUUCCGCGAGUGCGACAUCUACGGCACCGUGGACUUCAUAUUCGGCAACGCAGCCGUGGUUUUCCAAAACUGCAGCCUGUACGCUCGCAAGCCAAUGCCCCUGCAGAAGAUCACCAUCACUGCCCAAAACCGCAAGGACCCGAACCAAAACACCGGCAUUUCCAUCCACGCUUGCCGGAUCCUCGCCACCACCGAUCUCCAGGCUUCUCAAGGUAGCUUCCCCACAUAUCUAGGCCGUCCAUGGAAGCUCUAUGCGAGGGUCGUGUACAUGUUGUCGUACAUGGGUGAUCACGUUCACCCCCAUGGAUGGCUAGAGUGGAACACGAGUUCUUUUGCUUUAGAUACAUUGUAUUACGGGGAAUACAUGAAUUAUGGUCCCGGAGGAGCAAUAGGGCAACGUGUCAAAUGGUCCGGGUACCGAGUCAUUACGUCGACGGUGGAGGCGAGCAAGUUCACCGUUGCACAGUUUAUCUAUGGCUCAUCUUGGUUACCGUCUACCGGGGUGGCAUUCUUAGCCGGUCUAUCGACCUAAAUUAUUACACUCCCGGCCAAGUAUAAUAUACGAGAUAUUAAUGUACGUACGUACCGCGUGUUGGCCUUGUAUAAAUGCAUCCUGGCAGUUUUUUUUUAGAAUUCCUUAAUUAAUCCAAAUUAUUAUUUUCAAAUAAAAUUAAUUUUUAUUUUGUCA